AUGCCCCCGCCGCCCGACAUCAAGUGGACGCCGCUGCGCUUCCUCGCGUACGGCGUGGGCCACGUGCUCAACGACAUGUGCGCGUCCACGUGGUUCUCCUACCUGCUCGUCUUCCUGCUGCACGCCGUGGACAUGUCGCCCGUGGACUCGGCCGUCGUCAUGUUCUGCGGCCAGAUCGCGGACGGCAUCGCCACGCCGCUCGUGGGCGUCUUCUCGGACCGCUCCUCGGGGCUGCCGGCGCUCGGCCUGGGGCGCCGCAAGACGUGGCUGGCCGUCGGCUCGCUGCUCGUGGUGCUGUGCUUCUUCUUCGUGUUCGGCGCCUGCGCGCCGCGCUGGCUCUGGGCCGAGCCCAGCCGCAUGGUGCUGCUCGUGUACUACAGCGCGGCCGCCAGCGUCUUCAACGUGGGCUGGGCCACGGUGCAGGUGAGCCACAUGGCCAUGGUGCCCGAGCUCUCGGACGACGACAACGUGCGCUGCGUGCUCAACAGCACGCGCUACGCCUUCACGAUCCUGUCCAACGUGCUGGUCUUCUGCGUGUUCCUCGUGCUGCUGCGCGUGGUGGAGCCCUUCGGCGUGCCGGACGCCGAGAAGUUCACGCUGCUGGCCUACACCUCGCUCGUGGUGGGCGGCGUGUGCACCGUGGUGUUCCUGUCGGGCACGCCCGAGAACAGCCCCGUGAUGGCGGAUCUCGAGGGGAGGGGCCCCUCCGCCUUCCCCUGCGAGGGCGACCUGGACGUCCCGGCAGUGGAGGUCGUGGGCACGUCGUCGGACAAGAUGACGUGGAGCUGCUGGUUCAAGCUCGGCAUGUUCUACGAGGUGGGGCUCGUCUACAUGUGCACGCGGCUCGUGGUGAACGUAACGCAGGUCUUCAUCUCGUUCUACCUCAUCGUGACGCUUGACAUGUCGGCCACGUCCAUCGCCAUCGUGCCGCUGCUCGUGUAUCUCUCGGGCUUCCUGGCCACCUUCUUCCUGCGGUACCUGAAUGAGGCGCUGGGUCGUACCGGAUCGUUCGCGCUGGGAGCGGCGCUGAUCGUGGUGGCGCUGGUGCUUUCCUACUUCCUCACGCCUGAGACGGCGACGUGGGUGUACCCGUUCUCCAUUAUCUUGGGUAUGGGCAACUCCAUCAUCAUGGUGACUUCGGUAUGCUUGACGGGCGACCUGGUCGGCAACAACGUCGAGAGCGGCGCGUUCGUCUACGGCGCCAUGAGCUUCACGGACAAGAUCUCGAACGGCAUCGCCAUCCUUUUCAUUCAGAACACGCGCCAGGCGCUGCAGGACCUGCCCGAGCAGGACGGCGAGUUCCUCCGACAAGUGUACUGUGUUCUGCCGUCCCUGGCGGCGCUCGUCGGUCUGUGCACGGUCAUGUUCAUGACGCACUGCAGCGGCUCCAGUGACAGGAGGCGACGCAAAGUCGAGAGUGCGUCCAGCAGCACCGCGGACGAAACCGAGAUCCUCCUUGCGAACGACGAGCCCAAGUCCACCGGAUACGGAUCGGUUUAACCCCCACUGGAGGAAAAUACCAGGCUCGCAUCCAUAAAGGUCGACGAGUUCCGCUACCAGCGCAGCUUCUCGCCUCGCGAGUCCUGUGGGCUGUUGCUAACUAAUAGCAGCCGUGUAAUGACACUUAUCAAUUUC